GAGCCUGCGUCCAUACUGUCAAUAUAUUGUAAUUGUAUUCCGAUACGUUAAUAAUACUCAACAUUUUGACACAAAUGCACACCGCAUUCAAUUAUUUUCUGCACGAUAAUUAAAAAAGUGCGAUCGAAUCGCCAAAACGCAACCGCCCCAACAAUUACCCUCGUGAAAUCGUUUAUCUCGGCACUAACCUAAAACACCGCCGCUGCGUUGCGCUUCGCGAUGCUGACUCGCAAAAUUGAGCGCACGGCACAAAUGAGCGAUAAUAUGCGAGAGAAAAUGAAGAAACACGACCCACCUCCAGCUUUAUAAUUAUAGACUAUAGACCCAGAGGAUGACUUUACCAGAAGCUAAGAGCUCCAAGCAAGAAGAAAUCGAGGAUCCGGUUGAGCGCAUGCUGAAGAAGACUGGUUGCAUUGACUUACAUUACCAAGUGCAAGAUUGUUUUUUUGAAACACAGGACUGGAGAAAGUGCCAGACUCAAAUAAAGAAAUUCAAAGAGUGCAUGGACAUAUAUCGAAAGAAGCAAGUAGCGAGUUAUACCAAUUAAUGAAACAUGUCUUUAUUUCCUCGAACUCUGCAAAAAUUAGUGCUCAUUGUUCGCACAGACUUGAGCAUGGGUCAAGGAAAGAUAGCAUCUCAAUGUGCCCAUGCGGCAUUGGAGUGCUAUCUGAAAGCAAGCAAAGGCUUCUUUAAACCUAUAGGUCCUAAAUUGUGGCUCAUGACAGGACAACCCAAAAUUGUUCUCAGAGUGCAAAGUGAAACAGAACUUAUGUCUUUGGCAGAGGCAGCUAAAAAAGCUGGACUUUCUACGGUUGCCAUAAGAGAUGCGGGAAGAACUCAGCUAAAACCUGGAACGGUUACUGUUUUGGGAAUAGGACCAGGAGCAGCUGAUAGGGUUGACAGUGUGACCUCGCAUUUAAAGUUAUUAUAACAGUUUGGUAUUGUGUUUGUUAAUAAAUAUAUACAACAGAAACAAA